AGCUGCUGCACCUGCUGCUGCUUUGCUUUCUGCGGGAGGGAUGCGCGCAGCGCGUCAGGCGCCUCUACUGGGAAUGGGCGCGAUGGAGCCGCUGCCGCUGGCCCUGGGGCUGGCCGCCUUGCUCGGUCUUUCUUCAGCUGUGUUGGAGGUGCACGUUGAUCAGAAGACUGUGACAGCCAUCCAAGGGCAGCAGGCUGUUCUGCCUAUCAGUUAUACAGCCACCAGUGAGAAGAACCCCUACAUCAUAUGGAUGCUUGAGACUCAUCUGCCUUCUGAACCUUUUCAGAUAUUGAAAUACAUGGGCGGAAAAGUACAAAAGGAUGAGACACACCUGAAGAAUCGGGUUGGCUUUGUGUACUCCAUGCCUUUCCGUAACAUCUCCAUUGCAAUUAAUGAAACCCAAGAGAAAGACUCUGGCAAGUAUAUGUGCACGGUCAACGUGGAGGAUGAUUCUCCGCAGUAUGGAAAAAACAUCGGAAUAAUCAACCUUACAGUUCUAGUCCCUCCAUCUAAACCAAAAUGUGACGUUCAUGGAAGCUCUCAUGUUGGGGCGAAUAUCAGCCUGAGCUGCAAGUCGUCUUCGGGCAAACCUGUCCCUACGUACCAUUGGCAACGCACUGGACCCACCUCUCAAGUUUUCUUUUCACCUGUGCAAGACGUCCACAAGGGGACUCUGAGGCUGACGAACCUCUCCAUGGCCAUGUCUGGGACUUACGUCUGCAACGCGUUCAACGAUGCCGGCCGCUCCAGCUGCACCAUCAGGCUGGAAGUGAACCCCACUGUCAGUGCAGCCGUGGUGGCUGGAGCCGUCGUGGGAUCUCUCAUUGGCCUUGGCCUGAUCAUCUGGGUUGUUCUUCAUCUGUUUGUCUACAGAAGGAAGAAGAAAGAAGCGCAAGAUGAAAUGGCCAAUGAGAUUAAGGAAGAUGCCGUUGCCCCCAAGACGCUUUCCUGGGCGAAAAGUCCCGGUUCGGACGUCAUCUCCAAGAACGGCACCUUGUCGUCGCUGAACACGACCCGAGAUCACAAACUGUACCCGUCCAAGCCCGCCUCGGACACGGCCUCCAUCACCACCGCCACCGGCAGCACGGUGGGCUACAAGCCGCCCUUCAGCCACCUCCGGAGCGGGACGCUUACGCCCACACCCAGCCUCUCCAACCAGUCGUUGCCCCUCUACUUCCCACCGACGGCCAACGGGAUCCAUGGCCACCAUGCCAAUGUGCCGGCCCAUAGGAACACUCUCCACAGGACCAACGGGGCCCAACCCCAGGAGCCCUCCACCCCACAAGGGCUCUCCUCCUCCUCCCUUUCCCGAAUGGGGGCGGUGCCCGUCAUGGUCCCUGCCCAAAGCCAAGCUGGAUCCUUGGUGUAAACGCUUCCAUCGCUUCUGGGACCCUCUGAACGGCAAGCAGCUUCAUCAGUCCCAAGCAAGGCGGAGAGUCUGGGCAUUGCAGCUCUGUGCUCUCUGCCUCCAGGACUCCUCUGUGCGUGUGUCCCAUGCAGGAGCCGUUUUCAAGGCAUCACCAUAAAUGGGACUCAACGGGGACUUUGUAUGAGAAACCUUCUGGCAACCGGAGAAAACUUCCACACUCGUCCCAGUGUUAACCUUUCCUCCCUCCUGGCACCAAGUCUUAUACCCCCUGAGGACCUUCUUGCAAAGAGACUGUGUUUAAUGGAAUACCAGUAGGGUUGCCAUAUUCUGGCUUUUCCAAUCUGGGUGCCUAAUUUGCAUAUUAUGUAAAUUGGCUUGAAAAUCAUUUCUGAGCAGAAGAGGGACUGCACAUUUUGCUCCAUAACUCCGCUUCUACAAGGGCUAGAGCUUAGGGGUGUUGUGUUGUUUUGUUUUUAAAUGAAAUCUGGGUGAACUAAGCAAUCUGGGUGAGAUGCUUAAAAUCUGGGUGGAACCUGGAAUUCCGGGGGGCAUGGCACCUCUAAAUACCAGUGGCUCUCCGGGGAUUACUCAGUACCCUGUACGACUCCCCUUUUAGUCUCCUAGUAGGAAAUGCCAUGCCGGGAUUGGCUAGCUCAGUUUGAAAUCACAAUCGGGGGGCAGGCAAGCUUGGCUCUCCAGCUGUUGUUGAACUCCUGUCAUCCCAGGGGAUGAUGGGAGUUGUAGUCCAACAGCAGUUGGAUAGCUAAGUUUGCCUGACCCCUGGGCUAGGUUCUGCUGGUGAUACAGACCCUCCUCGGGAAGCCAUCCAGGUGGGAUGGAAACAUCCCUUUCCCAAGGGAUGGAAACAUGGGCAUCUGCGGGCGGGACACAGGAAGCAGUCGCCGGCCCCAUUGAAUUCAAUGGGGCUUACUCAUAGGAACAUAGGAAGCUGACAUAUACUGAGUCAGACCAUUGGUCCAUCUAGCUCAGUAUUGUCUUCACAGACUGGCAGCGGCUCCUCCAAGGUUGCAGGCAGGAGUCUCUCUCAGCCCUCUCUUGGAGAUGCUGCCAGGGAGAGAACUUGGAACUUUAUGUUCUUCCCAGAGCGGUUCCAUCCCCUGAGGGGGAGAUCUUCCAGUGCUCACACUUCUAGUCUCCCAUUCAGAUGCAACCAGGGCAGACCCUGCUUAGCUAAGGGGACAAGCCAUGCUUGCUACCACAAGACCAGCUCUCCUUCCCAGGGCGUUUUUCACACAGCAGGCUUUAACCCAAGUUUACUGUGAGGUUUUACUGCGAGUUUGAAGUUGCCCCCCCCAAAAACCAAUGCAAAAAGUGGAUUUUUUAAACUCCAGAUAUAAAUCAGGCAACACAUAACGCACAAUUUAAAAAACCCCAAAUUCUGUGUGAAGUGCUCCUCAAUAGCUCGCAGGGACUUUGGCAUAAAUCUGGCCGGUGGGUGAACACGCUCCCUCCAUUCCAGAGGAGAAGCAAGCUAAAAGCCUUGGGUGAAAAGCACCCUGGUAAAUGGGUCUAGGGCUGCAGCUUUUGUGUCCCCUCCUCCUGGAAAAAGUCCUGUGGACAUCCAUGGUGAGAGAGACUCUUUUGAGAUGUUUUUGGAGUGGACAAUUAUCAUGGGGUGGAUCAUGGGUGUGUCCAUUCUGUGGAUCCCUGCAAGGGCAGGAAACCCACAGAAUCACAGCCCUGCUUUUAAGAAAGCAAGUUUCUAGUCCUUGUGACAUCAGAGUGGGAUCAGAGUCUACUUGCGAGACUUUCAAAGUCAGAAGGGCCUGAGUAAGGGCUAAAAUACAUUAAACACAUGUUGGCACUUGUGGGAUUGUACCCCUAAACGGCAGCUUCUGAGGCGUGGUAAUCCAGAUCUGGGACCAUGGCAUGGUGGAAGAGAGGAUUUAACUGCCCCCUUCAUCAUCCUCAAUCCAUAUCCCCCCACCCCGCUCCAAUCCAUAUAUGCUUAAUUUGCAUUAUGUAUGCAUCAUUGCUUAAUGCAGAAUUUUGGAUUCAGUUUUUCUUCAUGCAGAAUGUUCAAUUAAGCGAAGCUUCAAGUCAACACAGCCCUGGGCAAGCGUUUCUGCCACCCAGCGGCUGUUGUGAAAAUGCUUUUCGGGUGGGUGGAGACUGCUGGGCUGGAUCCAAAGAACUGGGAGAAGAGGGACCCUUGUGCUUUUCCACCGAGACCAGUGCAAAAGAGCAUUUGCAUGCCAGAGUGUGUGUGUGUGGUGCAGCAAUGGGGAGCUUCUAUACUAGUUUGCAGGCAUCUGUGUGUCCAAAAAAGGCCUGGAGGUUCUUGCACGAGAGUAAGAUCGUCUUUGGGUUUAGUUUUGCUUUUCUCCUGCACCACUCUAGCACAAGAUGUGAAACGGUUCUUCCAGGAGCAGAAGUCAGCUUCUGCAUGGAGAAGUGUGCCUUUGGAUCUAGUCUCUACACAGUAGCUUUUCCUGGUUUGCUGCAAGUGAAAACUGAGCCCAUAAUAAUACAGUCCUCUUCUGCUGCUACCCUAUAUAUAUAUAUAUACUACCGUUUUGGUUCUGGGGAUGGAGACUUCUGUUGUUUUUGUGUCUUCUGCCCCCUGCUGAUUCUCACUGGAACUUCACCCAGAAGCUUUUCUGAGCUCCAGGUCCCUUGAAGUAGGGGGAACUGCAAAAUAUUUAAAUCUUUCAUAACGAGGUGGCACUCAGCUUGUGCAACUAACCCGUAUGUAACAUUAUAGCAUAACCUUUUAUCAGAAUAUCCUAAUGACUGACUCUUAAGGACGCCUUCAGCAUUUUAAUACAUAUUGUGCAAUUAUGCCAUGUAUUCAAUGGACAACUUGAAUCUUUGUUUCUUUUUAUAAAUCUAGAGAGAGUACAUAAUUUAUACUUCUAAGUAUUAACAGGUCUGGGAAUUCAGACUAGAGUCCUCUAACCGCUUUCAUGCUGGCUGUAUUUUGGGGUGUUUUUUUUAAUGACAUCGAGGCCCUUCUCUUGCACAAGAAGGUAGGAAGGCACUGAAAUAUUUUUAUGUACAGUUUCAAAAAUGUAUUUUUCAUAAAUGAGCAUUAAAAGUAUUUGUUUUUAUAUUUAAAAAA